GUGAGGGACAUUAUUCUAUUUUGUUUCCUUUGAUACACUCCUGAGAUUUUGCCUAUUUGUCUGUGAAAGGAAUCUUCCCUUAUUGUUGUAUUUUGGGUUUGCCUCCACUGAAGAAACUUUUUCUCCUCAACAUAAAAAGAAAGAAAGAAGAAGCAGCAAGAAUGUAUGGGGAUUGCCAAGUAAUGUCUACAAUGGGAGGCAACGUAGUUGUAAACUCAUCAGAAACACUUUUCUCUUCUCCGAUCCAAAACAACAGCUUCACCUUCAUGCCUACCAUGCAUUUUCAUCACUCUUUUCCCACCAUGGUACGCAAAACAAGCCUUUCUCUUCACCUUAAUUAUUAUUGCUUCUUGUUUGAUCAGUGUGCGGUUUUAGAAGAAGAGACUGAUCAACAACAGCCUCAGAAUAAGAAGAAACGUUACCACAGGCACACUGCACGCCAGAUCCAUGAGAUGGAAGCUUUGUUCAAGGAAUGUCAACACCCGGAUGAUAAGCAACGGCUGAAACUUAGCCAUGAACUCGGCCUUAAACCGCGCCAGGUUAAGUUCUGGUUCCAGAACCGCCGAACCCAGAUGAAGGCACAACAAGAUCGGGCUGAAAAUGUGAUUCUAAGAGCGGAGAAUGAGACUCUAAAGAAUGAGAAUUAUCGUCUACAAGCAUCACUGCGUAGUGUUAUAUGUCCCAAUUGUGGUGGUCCAGGAAUAAUGGGAGCUGAUCUUGGCUUGGAUGAACAACAACUUCGCAUUGAAAAUGCCAGGUUAAGAGAGGAGUUGGAACGUGUGUGUUGCCUGACAUCAAGAUACAGCGGGCGUCCAAUCCAAACAAUGGCACCAGCACCAGCACUGAUGGCCCCAUCACUGGACUUGGACAUGAACAUCUACCCAAGGCACUACGUUGAUCCCACCAUUCCCCCGUGCAACGAGAUGAUUCCUGUUCCAAUGCUUCCCCCGGAGGCUUCUCAGUUCCCGGAGGGCGGUCUCUUAAUGGAAGAGGAGAAGUCUCUGGCCAUGGACCUUGCCGCCUCUUCCAUGGCUGAGCUUGUCAAGAUGUGCCAUGCUAACGAGCCGCUUUGGAUCCGUGGCUGCGACGGCGAUAGGGAAGUUCUUAACUUUGAGGAGCACGGCAGGCUGUUCCCGUGGCCGUUGAAUCUCAAGCACCGGACUGACCUCCGGACUGAAGCUAGCCGUGACACCGCUGUUGUCAUCAUGAAUAGUGUCACUCUUGUUGAUGCCUUCCUCGAUGCUAACAAGUGGAUGGAACUGUUUCCCACAAUUGUUUCUAGAGCAAAAACGGUGCAAAUAAUAUCUUCAAAUGCUUCUGGCCAUGCAAGCGGGUCUCUUCAGCUGAUGUAUGCGGAAUUCCAAGUUCUUUCUCCAUUGGUAUCGACUCGUGAGACUCAUUUCCUUCGGUACUGUCAACAUAACGCUGAGGAGGGAACGUGGGGCAUUGUUGACUUCCCAAUCGAUAGCUUUCAGCAGAACCUGCACCCUUCUUAUCCCAGAUACUGCAGGCGACCCUCUGGCUGUCUCAUUCAAGAUAUGCCAAAUGGAUAUUCAAGGGUAACAUGGAUUGAGCAUGCAGAAGUAGAAGAGAAACCCGUGCAUCAGAUAUUCAGCAAUUAUGUUUACAGUGGUAUGGCUUUUGGUGCACAGCGGUGGUUGGGUGUUUUGCAGAGACAAUGUGAAAGGGUUGCAAGCCUCAUGGCCAGAAACAUUUCAGAUCUUGGAGUGAUACACUCACCAGAAGCUAGAAAGAACUUGAUGAAACUUGCACAGAGGAUGAUAAGAACGUUCAGCCUCAACAUGAGCACGUCAAGUGGUCAAUCAUGGACUGCAAUAUCAGAUUCCCCUGAAGAUACCGUUAGAAUCACCACCAGGAAGAUCACAGAGCCUGGUCAACCCAACGGUGUCAUUCUGGGUGCUGUUUCAACCACUUGGCUUCCCUAUUCCCACACCAAGGUCUUCGAUCUGUUACGCGAUGAACGCCACAGAUCUCAGAUGGAUGCUCUUUCCAAUGGGAAUUCACUCAAUGAAGUUGCUCACAUUGCAAAUGGUUCCCAUCCAGGAAACUGCAUUUCCCUUCUCCGCAUCAAUGUUGCGAGCAACUCAUCGCAGAACGUGGAGCUAAUGCUGCAAGAAAGCUGUACGGACCAAUCAGGGAGUGUGGUGGUGUACACUACCAUUGCUGUGGACUCCAUUCAGGUAGCCAUGAGCGGAGAGGAUCCUUCAUGCAUUGCGCUUCUCCCACAAGGCUUCAUUAUAACGCCAAUGCCGCCAUCAAGCAACAACUCGUCCUCUUCUGAAGCUCUUAUCAAUGACCAUGGCUGCCUCCUCACCGUUGGCCUCCAGAUUCUAGCUAGCACCAUUCCCUCCGCCAAGCUCAACCUGUCCAGCGUCACCUCCAUCACCAACCACCUCUGCAGCACCGUGCACCAGAUCGAAGCCUCUCUUUGCAACACCGCCAACAAUGAGCCAACCACCACCACUGCACCUCCCAAAACAGUGAACUAAUUAAUGCUUGCAUUGAUUCUCCCACCUAAAACCGAAUCUGUUUAGACUAGUGGUAACUUUAAUUUAACAAGGGGAGGGGUAAAAGUGGGAUUUAAAUAAAAAAGCACAUGGGGGUUGUUAGUUGUUUAAGUAGUUAGUUAGGGAAGUGAUGAAUGUGUGGGUGUGGGUGUAGUUAAUAGUUAUGUUAUGUGUGUGGGGUGUAGAGGGACUGAGGGAGUCAAGAGCGCACCAGAUAAUACCCUCUUGAGGGUGUGUUGGUUCGGGUAUUGACUCCUGCUUCUUUGUCAGCCUCUACAUAUGUUUCAUUCUCAAUUCAACUUUGUUUCAUUUUCAUC